AUGGAAUCAUCAUAUUCAAGAUCAUCAUCAUAUAUAGAUGAAGAAACAAGAGCUAAAAUUAUUGAGAAUUCAAUGAAUGCAAGAAAAUCAGUUAGUGAAGGUUAUAAUAAAGGACAAAGGUUGAAUUUUUCUGGAAACUAUCAAAGAGUUCCAUUACCUUCAAAUUUAAAUAAUAAACCUCCAAUGUUAAGUAAUUCUGAAAGUACAAGAACUUUAUCAAAUUUAGAAGAAUGGGAUAGUUAUUUUCAAAUUAAUAAUGCUCCAAUUCAAACGUUAGAAAGUUUUAACGAAGAAUCAUUUUUCAAUAAUAAUAAUAAUCAACAACAAAACCCAUUGAAAAGAAAAUUCCAAGAGAAUGGUAAUAAUAGUGGUAUUAAUUUGAAUAUGAAUAAUAACAAUAAUAAUUUCAUUGAACCUGAAAUUGCUCAAUAUCAAGCUAAAUAUGGAGCUUUAAGUUUUAAUGAAGAAUUUUAA